CAUUGUUGAAAGAAGCAUAGAAGAAUUAAAAAAGAAAACAAUGGCAUACCAUUAUUCAAAGCCACUUGCUCUAUUUCUUUCUCUUUUAGUUCUCUCCUUAUGCAAACCAUCUUCAGGAGCAGGUAUUGCCAUCUAUUGGGGUCAAAACGGCAAUGAAGGCACUUUAGCCGAAACUUGCUCCAGUGGAAACUACCAAUUUGUAAACAUAGCUUUCCUUUCUAGUUUUGGCAAUGGGCAAACUCCAGUUCUGAACUUAGCAGGUCAUUGUGACCCUAGUUCCAAUGGCUGCACUGGUUUAAGCGCUGAUAUCAACGCUUGCCAAGCUCAAGGCAUCAAAGUCCUUCUAUCUAUUGGCGGUGGUAGCGGUAGCUAUUCUCUAUCAUCGGCGGAUGAUGCAACUCAAGUCGCGAACUAUUUGUGGAAUAAUUACCUCGGCGGCACGUCGGGGUCACGUCCAUUAGGAGAUGCUGUUUUGGAUGGUAUAGAUUUUGAUAUUGAAACUGGUUCAGGUGAUUUUUGGGAUGAUUUAGCUAGAUCCCUCAAUGGGUUUAGCCAACAAAGAAAGGUUUACUUAUCGGCGGCGCCACAGUGUCCUUUUCCUGACGCUUCUUUAAGUGAUGCAAUUGGCACCGGGCUAUUUGAUUAUGUGUGGGUGCAAUUUUAUAAUAAUCCUCCUUGUCAAUACAGUGAUAAUGCGAAUAGUCUUUUAAAUGCAUGGAACCAGCAAUGGAGUACAAUUCCAUCGGGCCAAUUGUUUUUGGGUUUACCUGCUGCUGCUGAAGCUGCGCCCAGCGGUGGUUUUAUUCCUGCUGAUGUUCUUACAUCUCAGGUUCUUCCUGCAAUCAAGAGUUCUCCUAAAUAUGGAGGAGUUAUGCUGUGGAGCAAGUUUUAUGAUAAUGGAUAUAGUUCAUCUAUAAAGGGCAGUGUUUAAGUUAGAUGGAUAUCAUUAUAUAUGUGGUUCAAUAAAUGGGUCGACGAUAAAUAAAAAAAAAGGUUAGAGGACUGAUUAAAUAAAAAUUAAAAAGUAAAAGAAGUUUCUAUAAUGCGUUUAAUUAUGUAUUGGAUUGAUCAUUGGUGCCUUUUGUGUAAUUUUCUUUUUAGCAUGGUGCAAAUCAAGUUGUUUUCUCAUUGGUAUACAAAGUAAUCUGGCCCAAGAUUGUCCAAUCUGGCCUUAUUGA